AUGGAAAACACGCCAAGAAGGGAGAAAACAAAAGAUAGGCAUUCUCUUGAAGGGAAGAGAGAGGAGUUUGACGCGCCAAGUCCGAAGUCACCCCUAACGCCGUCCCCGCCAAACAACAAGGGACGCAGGUCGUCAGUUCUGCAUGGCUUCCUGCCUUCUCCACUGCCGGUGGCAGGCUCUAAGAGACACAGCGGUAUAGACUUCGCCAAUCCUGAGUCACCGAGCGUCAAAACGCGACUGCUGCCGCCCACCACGCCAAAAACUCGAAAUUCUGAACUUUUCUUGUCACCGUCUCCUAAGCUCAAGUCGCCGGGCGUUUACAAGGAAAACGAGAAGCCUAUCCGGGAGAUAUCAAACAGCCUUAAGACUAGAUUGAAUUAUGCCUUUGUGAAGUUACAGAACGGGUGGGUCGAUAAGACGUUGCCAGAAUUGGAAAAUAAUGAUGGCCCAGCAGAACCUUCAAGUACUUCAAGCUCUAAACAUCGUGUUUCAUACAGCAACCGGUUCUUAGAUGACGAUGAAUCUGACAGCAAUUCGGCGCGCGCCGCAUUUUUAAACGCUCUCACGAGUCCCAAGAAAAAACAACGCCAAAACUCUAUGACCUCACCAGCCAGAUCCGGGAGCCCAGGAAAAAUUCGGCCGCCGCCAAUAUCUACUAAGCCAAAAGAGCCACCGUCUGAAGUCGAAGCUAUUGAAACUUUAAUGUCACUGUCAUCGCCUAAGUCGCAAUCCCGUAAAAAAAGUGCGGAGUUCACAUUGCCGCCACCGCCGCCGCUGUCGCAGCGCCAAGCGAGUCAGACCGAGCAACCAGCUACUUCACACUCUUCCAGGUCUUCCUCCUCCGACUCUUCCGCACCUAAUACGCUGGCUAAGCCGUUUUUGCUCAAGAGCGAAGCAGGCGAGAGCAGUCAAAUUGUUCUCGAUGUCGAAACAGAUGUAGAGGAAACUAAUGAUGAUUAA